UUUGGGGUUGUUUUAAUUACUAAAGAUAGAAUGCUUUAGAGAUACACUUUCACGUUGAUUGUUUUUUUCAUGCUAUCUUGUAAAUGGGGUUGAUGGAAAGGUCGUGGCUGAGUUCUUAUUUUAAAUUAAAUUCCAAUUUUACGCUAGAAUUUGAAGCUCAUUGUAUUAAAGAAAUUCGAAUACAGAAUAAUUCUUUCAUAUUUAAAAUCCCUUUACCUGUUGCUCUUUAAAAAACAAACAAACUUCCAGUUUCAUUAAUUUUGUGCAAAGGAGCUUAUUUUUUGUAAAUAAAAAAAUAGUUCUAGAAGCCUUUUGCUCGACACUCCAGAAAUAUGGAAAAAUCUUAAGUUCUUAGAGUUUCCUGUAAUUUUAAAAAUGAUUGCCUCUCACCUGUUAUAAAUAGCAAUAGCAUACUUUUAUCUUUAAACAAUCUAUGAAAUGAGGAAAAAUAACUACCAUUCUGGGUGGCCUAUAGGUUUUGGAUUUCUACGGAUAGUAAUCUGAAAGAAGAUGGGAAAAGGCUUCAAAGUGUUGGUUUGUGGAAUGUGUUCAGUGGGAAAGACGGCCAUCUUGGAACAAAUUCUGUACGGUAAUCACACUACUGGUGAACAGUGCAGCAGAACUACGGAAGAUGUAUACGUCGCUGUGGCUAAAACGGAUCGAGGACUAAAAGAACAAUUACGUCUGUAUGACACCCAAGGACUGCAAGGAGAAAAGGAUUUCCCCAAACAUUACUAUUCUAUGGCAGAUGGCUUUGUUCUAGUGUAUGCUGUAAAUAGUCUGGAAUCUUUUGAGAAAGUUAACUGGCUCAAAAAGGAGAUUGAUAAGUUUAGAGAAAAGAAAGAGCAAUAUCACAUAUGUGAAGCAAUGAAUAGCGGCAAAAAUACAAAUCGCCCAAGUAGAUGGCUUAAAAAUACAUGAUUCACUCAGAAGUAGAAUUUGAUGUAAAUACAUGAAUCUUUAUAUAGCACCAAUUCACAGGUAAGCAGCUUAAUAAUAGUAAAACUAGAAAACAAUUAAAACGUUCUCUCAAAGCAGAAGCAGUAACCACAACUGAAAGUGCAAAAGAGAGACCUAAAUAUCUAAACAGAAGUGAGUAAGCAUAAAGUGUUUCAUAAGAGGGAUUUUCAGAGCUAAAAUAAAACUGUUUACUUCUCUAGAUCAAUGUUUAUCUUAGAUGAUCUCAAACCAAUAGAUUUGAAUAACAAGAGCAUUUAUAACCCAGAAACAAAAAAGCUUUUGGAUCAGUGAAAAGCUCAAGUAAAGCCAGAGUCUAAGAAACUGAGCAAGGUUUUAAGCAAAUAGUUAUUAUAUACAAAAACCACUUGGCAAGAAAUAGGAAACUGAA